UUCUAUAAUGGACAUAAAUGAGCCAACGACGGUUAAAACAUGUCUUACAUCACCCAAUCCCAAUGCAUGAGUUGCACAAUAAUAAAAGUAAUCAACAGAAAAAUAAGUAGUCUGAUCAUAAAAAAUAAAUCGCAAACAAUUAAUAAAUUAAAAAGAUGCUUCCAAACCCUAGACUCUCCUGUAGUACUGAGAGACUACAUAUGACUUCGAAUCCAGAUUUGUUCCGGUCUCUAGCUUCACACUUCAUCCACGAUCUUUGGCCAUCAGAGACCAAUCAUCCAUCUUCCAUCCCUGUACAAUCUUUGGCCGCCUGAGAUCAAACAUCAUCUCCCCCGCUUACUCUUGCCAAAGCAAAAGAAGAAAAAUCCUGUAUGCCUAAUUCUGGCUACGCCGACCACUUCUGGUAGCGGAGGAACAAUCCUAGCUGUGGAAACCCAGAGAAAGAGCCAAAAUCGUUUUAUUUACCAGGGGUCCUGAGGUAUAAAAAGGUACGAAGUACGAAGUACUAAAUUACUAAAAUAUCAAAAAAAAAUUAGAACCCUGCCUGGAAUCGGAAUAAUUGGCGCCAGUCUCGGUUCAACGUAUCCCAACCCCCAGAACCGCCUGUGAAGGACUAGAACCGGCCUGGAAGCUGGACUGGUCCAUGCCUGCUAAGGCUGCUAAGGUGCUUCUUCACAUUUAAACAGACAAUUCAUUCGAAUCUCAGAGAGAACAAAUUAUCUCGCGACAAACACGUCGGUGGGCAACUUUGCCUUUUGCUUUCCGCAGUUUGCAAGCUUUCAUGCAAAAAUGGCGUCGUCUUUCAAGUACCCAGACAUCACCCGGUCAGAGAUCAUCGGAUAUCUAGCUCAUUUCGGGUUCGCCAGCAACGUCACGGAGCAGGACCUUCUCAAUCCAACUCGCGAACUCGUCGAAAAUAUCUACACUCACCUUCUCAACUACUUGGACUUGAUUCAGGAGGAUGAUGAGCAGGCGGAUUUUGCGGCCUUGGAAGUUUUUCACAACCCGGAUCUUCAUGUUUCUACGGUUCCUGUCAUGAAUUUACUUCACAAGAUGAGAGGGCUAUUGGCUGCUAUCGAUUGCCCCGGCCAGUUCACUCUCUGGGAUUUAAUUAAGCCCGACCCUGAUCGCACCAAGCUCUUUCUUGGUUCUCUUCUCAAUUUCUGCACUCACAGAACCAUCAAGAUGGAUGAACUGACAUCACUAGCGGGCGAGUUGGAUGUUUUUGUGGAGCAAAAACAAGCUCUAGAGGAAAAACUAUCUCAGCUGAAAGCAGAGAUUACACAAUACAAUGAAUUAAGAGCAAGGGAAGCAGUCCUUGUGCAAGAAGAAGAAGCUAAAGUUAAGGAAUUGAAGCAGACUAUCGCUGGCCUCAACAACCAUCAGGUGUCCUUAAAGUCUGAAACAAGAAAGAUGAAGGAGAGGGCACAAGAGUUGGACGAGAUGACUUCCAAAGUGGAGUUUGAACUGGUACAAAGUGCUCAAGAAAAUGCCCAUUUACGGUAUAAAAUUGUUCAAUCUCCGGACAAGCUUCAGCGGGCACUAGAGGAAAAAAAAUCUCAUCAAGUUGAGGCAAAGAAUGCAGAAAGGGCGGCAAUGCAAUCCUUUCAGGAUAAGAAUGCCACUCUUGAGUUGUAUACAAAGGCUCUAAAGAAAAUGUCUAAAAGCCUGGAGCAGAUGAAGGCUAUACAAGAGCAGGCAAAUUCAGUUAAAUCAGUAGAAAAGGAAAUAAAGGCUCUCAAAUGUAAGCUGGGUGAAGAUGAAGUGUUAGACAAAUCACUUGACGCUAAAAUGGUAGAAAAGCAAGGGAAAGCGGACCAACUGGAUGAAAUGAAAAAGAAAGUAGAGAUUGAAUGCACACUCGCUCGUGAGGAGGCGACAAAGGAGCUAAACAAUGUGAAGUCUCAAGUUGAAUCAACAAGGCAUGGCCUUCUGUUGCGGAAAAAGCAGGUUGAAACGGUCAUUGCUGAGGGGGAUGCUGUUAAUGCAAAGAUUAUUUCAGUAGGAGAGAAUGCAGAAUCCCAAUGCCAACAGUUGAAACUUAAACAUGAGGAGGUUACCAAAGAGUUUCUUGUGUACUCUAACAAAGUUGGCGACGUGUUGAAGCGCUAUAGAGUGGACCCACCCACCCAUCAGUAAUUUACACUUCAACUGAUUGGCCAAAAUAGAAGGGAAAUUGCCCUAAAUAGAACUCUAAAAAAGUUUGUGUAUUCCAAAAUAAGACGGCCGUGUUUUUAUUCCCUAAAUAGGAUUAAUUACUGCAAUGCUUUGUCAGUACCAAAUUAUAAACACGUCAGUAUUUUCCAAACUUGACAGUAAUUUAUCCUAUUUUGAGAAUAAAAACAUGACAGUUCUAUUUUGGAAUUCUCAUACGUUUUAGUCCUGUUUCGGGAAUAUUCGCAAUAGGAAUUGCUCACGUCUCCAAAUUUGGGAAUUUUUAGCGUUACAUGUGGUACAUUGUAGAUGCUUAUGUUAAGCUCAAUUCAGUUAAAUUAACCCCAACAUAUAGAUGCUUUCCGUUUAGACAUCUAUAUAUGCCAAAUUAUGACAUCAUUCAUGUCUAGACAUAUAGAUGUUCCUAAUUUACCUCAACAUUUAUGCCUAGACAUAUAGAUGUUCCUAAUUAACCCCAACAGUUAAGCUCAAUUCAUUUAGUUGUCACA